AUAUUUAUGCAGUCUGUUGCUUUGAAACAGAAGAGAAAGUUGGAUUAAGAAGGUUCGGAGUCACACUUGGAUGGACAUGGACUUAACAGCAGAACAUCACUCCAUACCUCUGAGUGAUGGAAACAACAUACCUUUGAUAGGACUGGGAACUUAUGGUGACCCCCGCACGACUCCCAAACGGACUGCAUAUGAAUCAGUCAAAGGGGCUAUUGAAGCAGGGUACAGACACCUUGAUGGAGCUUUGGUUUAUUUCAAUGAACACGAAGUGGGAGAAGCGAUAAGGGACAAAAUUGCAGAUGGAAGUGUGAAGAGAGAGGACAUCUUCUACUGCGGAAAGUUGUGGAACACAUUCCAUCCUCCAGAAUUGGUACGGCCCGCUCUGGAGAAAACUUUGAAGACGUUACAGCUGGAUUAUGUUGACCUCUACAUUAUUGAAAUGCCUACAGCCUUCAAGCCAGGAGAUACAUUUUACCCCAGAGAUGAGAAUGGGAAGUACAUUUACCAUGAGACAGAUCUCUGUGCUACUUGGGAGGCUAUGGAGGCUUGCAAAGACGCUGGGCUUGUAAAGUCGAUUGGUGUGUCCAACUUCAACAAAAGACAACUGGAGUUGAUCCUGAACAAACCUGGGCUGAAACACAAACCUGUGUCAAACCAGGUUGAAUGCCACCCAUAUUACACUCAGCCAAAGCUUCAUGAGUACUGCAGGCAGAAGGACAUUGUCAUUGUGGGAUACAGCCCGUUGGGGACAUCCAGAGAUGCAUCCUGGGUGAACCUAAAAUGCCCCCCACUGUUGGAGGAUGAGCUCCUGGUUUCAAUUGCUAAAAAAUACAACAAGUCCACAGCGCAAGUGGCCUUGAGGUUCAACGUGCAGAGAGGAGUGGUGGUCAUCCCAAAAAGCUUUAACCCUGUUCGCAUUAAGGAGAACUUUCAGAUAUUCGACUUCUCUCUCUCCGAGGCUGAGAUGAAGGCAAUUGAGGGACUGAACAAGAAUAUUCGAUUUGUGGAGCUUCUCAUGUGGUCUGAUCAUCCAGAGUACCCGUUUCAUGACGACUACUAGACUCUACAGAAAACUAUUGUCAGAGCACUUAUGUUUACCUGUUGAUUUAGAUGUUGAUUUAAUAAUGUUUUGGAUAAAACCGAAAAUAAUUUGAUGCCGCUUUUAUUUUAUAACGCAAAACCAAAGUUGUAUUCCUUGUACGCCGAACAUACCCUGAAAAUAAAGCUAAUGCCACUUCAGAUUGUAUAUUGUUUUCUCCCUUUGUAAAUUAUAAUAAAAAUAAUAAUAAUAACAAAGA